UAUGUCACUAGAAAACGUAAAAACAGGUCUACCAAACUGUAAUUUGGAUAUAAAUGAAAAUUUUGCCAAUAAAAUUCAUCCAUCGUUAAUAUUGAAUGAAAUUGAUAAAAAUGUUAUUUAUGGUAAAUUUGAACAGCGUCCAAAAAGCAGUUCGGGCGGAACAGUUACAUUAACAAUUUUCAAUAAAAAAUAUAUUGGAUACGGUAUUGAUGAGAUAACUGCAAAAGGAGAUGCAGCGGCAAAAGCUUUGACAGAUAUUGCAAAUAUUGAAUUUUAUAGAUUAGAUAAUGAUCACCCAAAAAUUAAUAUAUCGGAUAAAGCAGUUGAUAAGAUAAAACUUUCAAAGGAUAUUGUGGAGAGAAUCUACGGAAUAGCAUUAACAGAAUAUACUGCAGAUAUUCCUAUUCAACAAGAUUUCUUCAAGUUAAACUUUCAAGUUGAAAGGCAAUACAAAACUAGUUUUAAAGCUAAGGAAAAGUCAAGUAAUACUGUUUAUAAUAUAAAACUUGAAAGGAUUAUCUUUAAAGAAUUCAACGAAAUUAGUAUUCGUCAGAAGAAAAUCAAUCAGUUGAUUCAGUGUAAACAUCAAAAUCUCGUUAAAUAUUAUGAUAAAUGGUUUGAAAUUGAGAAAAGAGCUGAUGGAGUUAAUUGGUUUUCGUCUAAUGAAGAAAAGGGGAGAUUAGAGAGAUUAAAUCAUCUUUCCACUUUAAAUAUGUAUAUUCAAAUGGAAUAUUGUACAGGAACCUUAUCCGAUUGGAUUGAAUCUCGUAUCCCUUCAUCUAAUUUUGAAUAUUUUGAAUUUGAAAAGAGAAUUAUGCUUAUGCUCUUAUCAGCUUUGGAUUAUCUUCAUGAUAAAAAGAUUAUGCAUAAAGACGUCCAACCGAGCAAUAUAUUUGUUAUGAACAAUUCGAACGACUUACUCGUGAAAAUGGGAAAUUUUGAUAUGGGCAUAGAAGCCGAAGAGAAAGAUAAGAAUCUUGUUAAUAGUAUUUACAGAGCUCCAGAAGCCAAGCUAAAUAAUUAUAGCUUUUCAAGUGACAUUUAUGGUUUAGGAGUAAUUGGUUUGCAGUUAUUUAAUCUACAAACUAAUGAACAAGAAUCGCAGGAAAAACUACCUUCCGAUUCAGAAAUCUCUACAAAUCUCAUCCAUAUGACUAGUAUUACGGAAAGUGAAAGACCUUCAGCGAGAACAAUACUCGAUGCUAGAAUCUUUUCCAGUUCCAAUUUGGUAUUGCAUGAAAUAGACUUACUUCUAUAGAUGUUACUAAUAAAAUCUGUUUAUUUGAAUAUACUUAUAAAAAGAAAAGAAAUGAUUAUAAAAACAUAUAUUGCAGUACAUAGUUUUCUAUUUUGCAGUUUUUUUGGCUUUAUAUAUCUUUGUGUUUACAAUGUUGGAAUUAAUUAAGUACGAAGAACAUAUAAUACAACCUUACAUUGAAUAUAUUAUUAGUUGAAACAGGAAGAACCUUCGUGACAGUCUUCGGUACAUUCAAUACAGUUGAUAUUGCAUAAGCAUUUGUCAUCUUUACAAUCUGUUAAACAAAAGCAUCGCGAUGUUCCAGUAGGAUAGAUAAUAGAAGGAUUAAUUUUAAAUUUGGCCAUAUUUUCAACUAAUUCUUCUUCCGUUUCAAUAGUUUUUAAAACAUCUUUAGGGAUUCCUUCUAUGCUAGAAAGUCCCCAAUUUGGUUUACGUCCCAUAAACAAUUCGAAAGCGGUUUUGCAAUCUCUUCGAAUAAUUUUAGUGUUUAUUUCAUAUUGAAUAGAGUGUAUAAACAUUUCCCAAUCCGUUUGAUUAUCUUUUUUAUCCUUUUCCUCGAGUAUCGCUUUCCAAUCUGUGUUAAUUCGUUCACAAUCAUUAGUAUUUUCUGAAUUGUCUGAAUUCUCCAUUACAAUACUGAAUUUAAAAUAUCCUUGGCUGAACUGUAAAAUAUCAUCUAUACUGCAUUUACAUGAAUUGUUUAGUUGUAAAAUUUUAGGUGUUCCAAAACUACUCAUAACGUUCUCCAGCUCAGAGAUAAGUUGUUUCUUUUCAUCUCUCAACGGUCUUAGAAGAGAAAAUUUCGAAUAGUUAUCAACAUAACAAAGAACAUAUUUAAAUCCAUAUUUUGAAUAAUGUUUUAUAUCAACUAUAUCCAGUUCGGCUCUUUUAUGAAAUUCCCGUUCUCUUUUACUUGUUGAUGGUCGAUUUUCGGUAGGUUCUUUUUCAUUUCUUUCUUCUAAGCACGUUUCACAAAAAUUGAUAUAGACAUCAAUAAUGGACGGCGUAAUGUUUGAGUAGGCGGAUAACUCGGACAUCAUUUUAGUCUUUCCACCAUGUUUAGUGUUUUUAUGAGUAGAAUUUAAAAUAAGAAAAAGCUCUUCCAAAGAAACGUAUCUUGAAUUUGCUUUCUUAUUAUCAAUAAGAUAACACUUUCCACUAUCUGUCCGCAAGCGAAAAUUGGUUAUUAGAUAAUUUUCGUAUUUGGUUUUCGUUCCUCUCUUAGAAGCAGCUGCCAGUAAAUCUUUAACUAAUUGCUGAUACUUUUGAUUAGGCCAUAUCUUUUUCAAUUCAUUUGAAUAGUAUCUUUUAAGAAUUUCAUUGUUAAAUUUAAUUUCCAUUUCCUUCAGUUUACUCAUCGUUCAAUACUUAUUUGUAUUACAGAGACUCAUUGUUUUGAAUAUACUCACGAUUGAAAUGAAAUACUUUAUUCAAACAAUCAAAAAGUUG